CUUUUCAAAUCGGGAUCCGUUACCGCUUCCCCGGCCGCCGCCAUUGUCGCGCUCGGAGCCCCUCAGCGCAAGCGGCCGAGGCGGAGCCAGCGGCGGCGGGAUGGCGGACGCUGACAAGCCCGAGGUGCUCGGGGCCGCUGGCGACGAUAGCCCGCAUCAGCAGCCCGCAGAACCUCAGGGCGAACCGCGGCGAGAACCGCACCCCCCGGAGCCGGAGAAGCAGCCUCCGCAGCACAGCAGUAGCUCCAAUGGCGUUAAAAUGGAGAAUGAUGAAACAGUGAAAGAAGAAAAAUCUGACUUAAAAGAAAAAUCUACAGGAAAUAAGAAGGCCAAUAGAUUUCAUCCUUAUUCAAAAGACAAGAAUUCGGGCACUGGAGAAAAGAAGGGUCCAAAUCGUAACAGAGUUUUCAUUAGCAACAUCCCAUAUGACAUGAAAUGGCAAGCUAUUAAAGAUCUAAUGAGAGAAAAAGUUGGUGAGGUUACAUACGUGGAGCUCUUUAAGGAUGCGGAAGGAAAAUCAAGGGGUUGUGGUGUUGUUGAAUUCAAAGAUGAAGAAUUUGUAAAGAAAGCUCUAGAAACUAUGAACAAAUAUGAUCUUAGUGGAAGACCCCUUAAUAUUAAAGAGGAUCCUGACGGAGAAAAUGCUCGUAGGGCAUUGCAACGAACAGGAGGAUCAUUUCCAGGAGGACAUGUCCCUGAUAUGGGAUCGGGGUUGAUGAAUUUACCACCUUCCAUUCUCAAUAAUCCAAACAUUCCUCCUGAGGUUAUCAGUAAUUUGCAGGCUGGUAGACUUGGUUCUACAAUUUUUGUUGCUAAUCUGGACUUCAAAGUUGGUUGGAAGAAGCUAAAGGAAGUGUUCAGCAUAGCUGGAACAGUAAAGCGGGCAGAUAUUAAAGAAGACAAAGAUGGGAAGAGCAGAGGAAUGGGCACUGUCACUUUUGAGCAAGCAAUUGAAGCAGUUCAAGCAAUUUCUAUGUUCAAUGGGCAGUUUUUAUUUGAUAGACCUAUGCAUGUGAAAAUGGAUGACAAGUCUGUUCCUCAUGAAGACUACCGUUCACAUGAUAGUAAAACACCACAAUUACCACGUGGUCUUGGAGGUAUUGGAAUGGGACUUGGUCCAGGUGGACAGCCUAUUAGUGCUAGCCAGUUGAACAUAGGUGGUGUAAUGGGAAAUUUAGGUCCUAGUGGUAUGGGAAUGGAUGGUCCAGGUUUUGGAGGAAUGAAUAGAAUUGGAGGAGGAAUUGGGUUUGGUGGUCUGGAAGCAAUGAAUAGCAUGGGAGGAUUUGGUGGAGUUGGCCGAAUGGGAGAGCUAUACCGUGGUGCGAUGACUAGUAGCAUGGAGCGAGAUUUUGGACGUGGUGAUAUUGGAAUAAAUCGAGGCUUUGGAGAUUCCUUUGGUAGACUUGGCAGUGCAAUGAUUGGAGGGUUUGCAGGAAGAAUAGGAGCUUCUAACAUGGGUCCAGUAGGAUCUGGAAUAAGUGGUGGAAUGGGUGGCAUGAACAGUGUGACUGGAGGAAUGGGGAUGGGACUGGACCGCAUGAGUUCCAGCUUUGAUAGAAUGGGACCAGGUAUAGGAGCUAUACUGGAAAGGAGCAUCGAUAUGGAUCGAGGAUUUUUAUCGGGGCCAAUGGGAAGCGGAAUGAGAGACAGAAUAGGCUCCAAAGGCAACCAGAUAUUUGUCAGAAAUCUGCCUUUUGACUUGACUUGGCAGAAACUAAAAGAGAAAUUCAGUCAGUGUGGUCAUGUAAUGUUUGCAGAAAUAAAAAUGGAGAAUGGAAAGUCAAAAGGCUGUGGAACAGUCAGAUUUGACUCCCCAGAAUCAGCUGAAAAAGCCUGCAGGAUAAUGAAUGGCAUAAAAAUCAGUGGUAGAGAAAUUGAUGUUCGCUUGGAUCGUAAUGCAUAAUUUCAAACCACGGUUGGAACAUUCCUUCAUCUGUUUUGCUGAAUCUACUAGUAAAAGUCAUUUUUUUAGUAAUACUGUAUGCUUACAAAAGCUGUAAAAAUGAACUUCUAAAAUUCCCACCAGCUUUUAACAGUAUAAUGUUAAAAAUAUACUGUGAUUUUUGUUAAUCUCAAGUUUGGGUUUCUAAAGACAGCAAGUCUGGUCAUUCAGUUUAAAUGAAUGGUUAUACUGUUUUUAAUGAAAUAAGCCAUUUUCUUGUUGUUUUCAGUAUGACAUAGUAGUAUUUGUUCUAGUUUCCCUAGCCUUUAUCAGCUUAUUGUAAGGUAAAUGAUAAAUGGUUUUUUUCAUAACUUGUGUUUUAUAAUAUGUAAUUAUUCAUGAAAAGAAAGGGCUCAGACAAAUUAGGAUGUGAUUUUGGUUGGUUUUAAAUUGCUUUUCUUUGGUGAUAAAGAAUUACUGUUAAGUAAGUUUUAGAUUCUGAAGUUUAGGAUGUUUUUAUUUGACUUAAAUGAAGAAAUGGAUUUUUCCUUCUCUACCACCCCCACCAUUCACAUUUUCCACAUUAACACUAUUAAGAAUAUCAAUCUCCACAGCCCCUUAUUUUAUUAUUUCCAAUAAUUCCGAGUUCAUAUAGAACUGAUAAUGAAGCAAGCCCCAAGUAUAAUAAUAGGCAGACAACUCCCAAUCUUCUGUCUAGUUUCCAACCAUUGAAGUGAACUGCUAAAAAAAGAAAAAUAAUGGAAAUGUUUAGAGCAAUGGUUAUGUAAGUGAGUCCUCUGCUGUUUACUUCUACAGGAGCUGAUUCAUUUGUAAAUGCAGUUUUAAUAAGCCAGGGAACACCUAGGCAUAGCAUAUCAAACACAUUGGAUCCCACAAUGUUAGACAUAGCCAUGUCUCCUUUACCUGCAAAAGAAAAGCAUGUUGUUAAAAUAUGCAUACAAUACUGUGUUUCAUUAAUAAUCUUUAUAAGAAAAAAACACUGGAUACAUUUUUGUUGUUGGUAGUUUUGGAAAAUUGUUGUUAGAGCAAAAGUCUUACUGAAUUUGUAUUUUAAAAUUUUUUUUGGGUUAGUAUUUAAGUUUUAACAUUUAUUUAAUAAUGAUUAUCUUUAUUUAUUAAACCAUUUUUCAAUAAGAUA